AUGAAUACUGUUGUAGUGAGCAGGCGGAGGCACGUGAGGCAGGUCCAGAGGCAGGGCCAGAGGCAGGUCCAGAGGCAGGGCCAGAGGCAGGGCCAGAGGCAGGUCCAGAGUACAGGUCCAGAGGCAGGUCCAGAGUACAGGUCCAGAGGCAGGACCAGAGGCAGGUCCAGAGUACAGGUCCAGAGGCAGGUCCAGAGUACAGGUCCAGAGGCAGGUCCAGAGUACAGGUCCAGAGUACAGGUCCAGAGGCAGGUCCAGAGUACAAGUCCAGAGUACAGGUCCAGAGGCAGGUCCAGAGUACAGGUCCAGAGCCAGGUCCAGAGGCAGGGCCAGAGGCAGGGCCAGAGGCAGGUCCAGAGUACAGGUCCAGAGGCAGGUCCAGAGUACAAGUCCAGAGUACAGGUCCAGAGCCAGGUCCAGAGGCAGGGCCAGAGGCAGGUCCAGAGUACAGGUCCAGAGUACAGGUCCAGAGGCAGGUCCAGAGGCAGGUCCAGAGUACAGGUCCAGAGGCAGGUCCAGAGGCAGGUCCAGAGUACAGGUCCAGAGGCAGGUCCAGAGGCAGGUCCAGAGGCAGGUCCAGAGUACAGGUCCAGAGUACAGGUCCAGAGGCAGGUCCAGAGUACAGGUCCAGAGUACAGGUCCAGAGGCAGGUCCAGAGUACAGGUCCAGAGGCAGGUCCAGAGUCGUCCCCAGACUGAGACAGAUGACGCUCACACAGUCAUUUGA